GGGGGGUUUAGGGGGAGGGACUGGGCAGGCUUGGACGUUCUUUUUUCUUCUGUGGAGCAACUCCGCAGUCAUUCCCCAGGGAGCUUCUGUCCUCAGAGACCAGAUUUGCUGCAUCUGGUCUCUCUGCAUAGACUUGGGGGGCCAACGCCUGGGAGGCUUGGGGAGGGAAGGAGCCCUCCAAUAUUCGCAGGUAGGGCAGGAAAACCCUAAUUCAGAGUCUGGGCUCCCCUUCCCCAGAAAGAAGGGAGGCAGUAGUCAAGAGCACCCUGGACGACGUGGGUGGUCCCAACUGACCAUUGAUGGGUACAAGGAGCCAGAACCUGCAGCUGGGAAAAGGGCAGGCCCCCAGUGGACCACAGCAUCCAGGCCCCACACCCUAGGCUGUUCCCUGUCCAGUCUGCUGACUGGAGAUGGAACAUCGGCCGCGGGGUGGUCUUCAGGGUGAGGGUAUGAAGGACAACUCUGGAGAGCCUAGAGACUUCAGGCUACCACACCCCUUCCUUUCCCUAGAAGCUCAGCCCCAGGGAAGUACAGCCCAAGCUACUUCUGUGUCCUGGUUUGCAUGCUGGGAGACUUGGGAACCCAUCAUCUCAGAAGUCAGGUGGUGAGGCUACACCCUCAGUGGACAGAGCUGAGGAAGAACAGGAUUAAAGGACCUCUGCUGGAUGAGGGGGGCUACAGGGGGGUGAAUUUCAUCAAGAAAGUAAUGUGAGCCCCAGUCUGACGAGAGGAAGGUGGACAGAGCAGAGAUCUUAAAACCUGGAUGGCCUCCAUCUUGGACAGAAAUGGGCACAGGCUGGGGAGAGAGGAGGCGUUCAAAGCCGCUGCCAGCAUGCUAAUUGGAUGCUUUAGCUUAUGCUUCUCCUGGGGACAUUGGAAUUUGAAGUCAGCUUUCAGUGGCCUGAGAGGUUCCUAGACCCCCCCCCCCCCCCCGCCUCUUCCCCCGUAAAAGUGUGGUCCAAACAUCAAGAAUGAUAAACCCUAUGAAAACCCAUUGAAGAGCCCAAGGCUCUCACUAAGCAGCUGGUCCUCCCACGUUGCCACUCCAGCUUCCAUAGUUAGCAUUCCCUGCUUUCUGCAUCCUAAAUGGGAGUGUCUGAGGCAGCCGAGGGCCAAAGAACCUUGUUACCUGCGUACACACCUCCUCAGGGCAUACCCCCCUCUACCCCAUUCCUCACUUUCGGGAAGUCGUUCUGAGGCCCACUCAAGUACUCAAUGCUCAGACCUAGCCCUCUGCAGUCAUCUGGGUAGCAUCUCUACCCACCUCCAUACCAGCUUGUAGCUCCAGUCCUCUUGGGAGGGGCCAGGAGCCGGAAGCCAAGAAAGAGGAACCCAGGCUUCCGGCUUCUCAGGGACUGAGCAGAUGGGGGUGUCUUAGAGCCAUUUAUGGGAGGCCCAACUGCAGUAUCCCCAUCUCCGGCACCUCUAUAUGGGAUCCAGCAGACUCCCAGACUGCACUGAAGAUCCAGAGCUGGCACCACAGAACCUGGCAACCCCCUCCACCCACCCAUGCCCACCCCACAUGAGGCUGAGAAACAGCACACAGGACCAGAGGAGGCAGACAGGCCCCCAUUGAUGUCCAGCCAUGAUGCAGCCCCUUCAGGACCCCCCAGUCGCAACCCCUGCUGUUUAUGCUGGUGCUGCUGCUGCAGUUGCUCCUGGAACCAAGAACGGCAGCGAGCGUGGCAGGCUUCUCGGGAAAGCAAGUUGCAACCCCUCCCCAGCUGUGAAGUUUGCACUCCACCAAGUCCUGAGGAAGUACAGAGCUGGGCACAGUCCUUUGACAAGUUAAUGCAUAGCCCCACGGGCCGCAGUGUAUUCCGGGCAUUCCUGCGCACAGAAUACAGCGAAGAGAACAUGCUCUUCUGGCUGGCCUGUGAGGAGCUGAAAGCAGAGGCCAACCAACAUGUGGUAGACGAGAAGGCGCGACUUAUCUAUGAGGACUACGUGUCCAUCCUGUCCCCCAAGGAGGUGAGCCUGGACUCCCGUGUGCGAGAAGGCAUCAACAGGAAGAUGCAAGAGCCAUCACCACACACGUUUGAUGAUGCGCAGCUGCAGAUCUACACCCUCAUGCACCGGGACUCCUACCCUCGCUUCCUCACCUCCCCCGCCUACCGCUCUCUGCUACUCCAGGGGGCCCCACAGUCCUCCUCUGAGGCCUAGGUGCUUGCCAAACAGAUGCCCUGCUCCUGUGGGCAGACUAGGGGCUAACCCUGCCCCAUCUGGCUGGAUAUAGACUCAGUCCCAGUGGCAACUGCAAUGUUCUGCUCUGCCCUAGCCUGUUCCAGCUGGGGGUUCUCCGAGAUGGUGCCUCAGACCCUCCAGUCACGUGCCCAGGAGAUGUUCUCAUAGAGAACAACCUCUGUGCCAACAGGUUUGUAGCAAGACUGUUUAUUCCGCAGAACCAGAUGUAGGACCUCAGAGUCAGGCUCAAAAAAGGAGCCCAUUUAUAUUUUAUAUGUUAAUGAACUUUAAAAUUGGAAACAUGUCCUUAUUGUACAUUUUAUCAAAAGAAAAAAGAAAGCUUUCACAUUCAUCUGUAUUCCUGCACAUGCCAAAAACAUGAUAUAGUAUUCUUGACCCUUUAAAAGCAAGUUUCCAUUUAUCCCACAUUUGGGGUAGGAGGUCAGAGAAGAGGAUCAUCCACCAGACUCUUCUGGGCCCUGCCCAAGGUAUAGCUCUAGGAACUGGCCUCAACUCUUAAGUGGGUCAGUGCUCCACAAAGGCUUAAGAUGCAACUGCAGAUUAUCCCAAACCCUUGUGUACUUGGUGAGAUGUCUUCCUAGAGGCUUGGCCUCCUCAAGGUAGCUGGGUACAAUGUCAUCUUCAUCUUAUGAGUCCAAUAAAGCAAAGCACCCACUACGUUAGUCCUUCAAGUUGCUGGAAGUUUCAGCAAUUUGAAGCUAGAAUUGACCUCAGCCCAGAGACCAUCCUCCCCCAUGUGGUGAGCAGAGUGAAGGAUGGAGCAAAACAUCCUGAGAGGGUACCAGGUCCUUGGGCUGCAGUGUCUGGUGAGGAUGGGUGAACACUGGGCAAGGUCCUGUUCUAACAAGUCCCACACAGUCAG